AUGAGUCUUAGUUGUAACUGCUCUCAAGUUAUUGUGAAUGUUGAUAUUCCAGAAGCUACUGAGCUUCAUCAAUUCUUUUCUCAGCAAAACGUGCCAAUCGAAGCAAUUUCAGGUCAACUCAUUACAGCAGUAUUCACAAAAUCAUCAACCUUUAGAAAGGUAACGAUUCAAGAUGUUGCUAACACCACUGUUGAGGAGUUGGAUAGAAUUCCGCAAAAAGAAAAGGAGCCUGCCAAAACAAAGAUGUUCUUUGUUAGGUCUCAUGUUCUGAGCUCUCCCAAUCAAGGAGAUUUUUUCUAUCCAGCUUGUAGUAAUCCUGAUUGCAAAGGAAAGAAAAUGAAAAAGGACGCGGAUCAAAUGGAUCCAACUUUGAGAUGUCCUUCAUGUGGUGGAACUGAGAUGACUUACAGAUACAUGGCUUCGCUUAUAUUAGCUGAUUAUUCAAGCUCUCUCUUCGUGACUGCCUUUGAUAGUGCCAUGACUGCAUUACUUGACAAAAGUGCUUACGAUUUUGCAACUUUGGACGAGAAUUCAAGACGUGAAUCGAUCAGUGAGAUGACAUUCGAAUGUGCCACUUACAGGAUAAGAGCUUCCGUUCCUCAACAAGGUGACAAAGUGAGAUUUACCUUGAUGGGAAUGAAGAGGAUUGAGAACUGGGAGAAAGAAGCAGGAUCUUCUCUUCGUGCUAUCAAGUCUUACAUGAAUGCAUUUGGUCUCAAGUAG